CAACAAGCCGCCUCGCGUCGGCAACAUUUUUGAGGCAUGAACACUACACCCAACACCACCAUCCAAACACUGUCCACAACGCGUACACUCGUCUUACUGCCACCGCAGACACCCUUAUAAUUUCUCGUUUCCGUCAACAUCCAUAAGCAUCACCAACGCGCGAUCGUUGCAAUCGCACCCGCCUCAAUAUGGUCUCUUCGCGCAAGAGGGGCCGUCAGGAGAUGGAGGAACCUGUCGCGCCAGAACCACCCAAAACAAAAGAGCCUACCAUGCUGGACCGUAUCAGGAAUAUGUGGGAGUUUGCGGCUUUCACCCAGUACAUCUUCACCUUUGGAAAGGCACUCAAGAUCGACGAGAAUAUCGACACAGAGGCAGGCCUCCCUUUAGACUACACUCUCCCUUUUUCACCACUAAUCUGUUGUCUCUAGCAAUUGGAAAUGGAGUGUUUGAAACAGCAUUCAAAUUUUCUGCAGGAUCUCGGUCUCGCCGUUCUGAAAUUCGUCUCCUCUCACAGGGGAUUGACGUAGGCAACCAAACCCCUGUUAAAAUCAGUAUAUUGACCUUCCAUAGAACAGAGAUUUUCGAUGAGUAUACUCGACGACAGUAUGUUGCGAGGGCGCCUCACCGCAAUCCUUUCGGUGUCGAGGAAGAGCCUGCUAAGUUCGCCGAGUUCGAUAUCUUUACCAAGGUAGGCCACACUGCAUCACCGGGUGCGGAAGGCAUGCAUACUGACAAUCAUGGCUACAGAUUCGAGUACUACAACAACUUACACAAUGGACAAUGGUAAACCCGGACCGGAUUAGAGAGAGGAUGGACGAGCAAAAGGACGUGGACCAAGCAAUAUGGGUAUGUUUCAAUUCAGAUAACCAAAUGAUUGUGUUAACAUGGUGUGCUCAGCGUAUCGAACCAUAUGGCUGGGAUUCAGAGGAUCGCACUUAUAUCGUUCUUGAUGACAAUCGCCUUUAUCGUCAGACCGAGCCCCCACCACCACCACCUGCGGCGAGAGCAAAAAAGAAUUCCAAAAAAGCAAAGGCGGCAUCGCGCGCGAGCAAACGGAGAAGAAUUUCAGAAGCCGUUGAGAGCGAGGCCGACACCCCGGAUGAAGCUAUAUCAGGCGGCGACACAACAAAAGAAGAUGACGGACUAGGUGGUAUGAAGUGGGAGUGUCUUGCUAUCACAUUGGAGGAUUUUAACACAUUCCUUGCGACCAUUGAAAAGAGUCGGGACCCAAAUGAGAAGAUACUUCGCCAACGAAUAGUCGGUGACUUGUUGCCAAUUUUGGAAAAGCAGGAAGAAUCGAAUAAACGCAAGGCAGCGCAGAAGGAGCGAGAGCUACUCAAUCUUGAGAAGUUAGCAACGGCCAAGCGAUCAAGCAGAAUUGCAGGCAAGAUGGAGUCGCAAAAGCAGGAAGAGGAAGCUCGUGAAGCAGAGCGUAAGAGACUGGCGGACCUGGCCAUGGCCAAAAAAGAGCAGGAGAAAUGGUUGAAACUGGAGAAGGAACGGGAGUCUCGUAUGGUUACCCGAGAGCAAAGACUAAAGGAGAGAGAGGCCCGCCGAAUACUCCACGAAGAAGAGCUUGCGAAUUUGUCUGAAGACAGUAAAAAGAUCGAAGCUGGUUCUGGUCGUCUUUCCGAACGUCAUCUCAAAGCAGAAAUUGAGAGGAAAAAGCAAGCACUUGAGGAACUUGCGGAAGAAGAGGAUUGGAUAUUUGAUUGUAUCUGCGGUGCUUAUGGACAGAUUGAUGACGGUACCCAUAGUAUUGCAUGCGAUAAAUGCAACAUAUGGCAGCAUAGCAAAUGUGUAGGAGUCAGUCAAACGGAAGCGGAUCGUGAGGAUUUUCUUUUUGUCUGCAAGACUUGCGAACGCCGGGCGUUGGAUGAAGAACGAGCCAAAAAUCGACCUCCGAUUAAGAUCAAACUUAAUCGACCUGGAUCUUCAUCUGCUUCUUUGCCGCCAACACAGAACAGCAAGCCAGUCGUUUUGGUUCCAUCUUCUCCCCAUGGUUCUCGACCUGAGAAACAGGACGCACCCAGAGCGAUACUUAGCUCACCUGUCAAGUCUAGCCAUCAGCAGAAUACCCCCAAAAUGGCAACAUGGCAACCAAAUCUAAGCCAUUCUGCUCAAGCACCCCAGUCUUCUGGACCACCUGCUUCUCCUCAACGUCAAAGUAGCCCUAUUCUUCCUCCGCCGAAAUUCAAUGUCCGACCCAAUCCCGGAGCAACCAAUGGUACACAUACUCUAUCCUCGCCCCCGAAUGGUAAACUCAAUUUUACGUCACCAUAUCCUGCUGUUCAACCAUCAAGUUCUCAUGUGUUCUCUUCACCACAUCCAAACAGCCCGACAAACUUACCACCACCGGGACAACCACCAGUCUACACCUUUAUGAAUGGCAGUGGCAUAAAUUACAACAAAACGACACCAGGCCAAGUCUCAACAGGGAAUGGGGUGAAUGGAAAUCGGAAUGUGCGUAGAGAUAGCAAUCCUUUCGGUAGCAUUGCCAACCUCCCUUCAUCGCCAUUUACCGGAGCCCCUCUCUUAACACCAGCGACGAAAGCUAGUGAUACCUUGGAAGCACCAGCUAGCAGCAAAGGGCAGAAUCCAACACCAACCAUGCAUACAUGGAAACCUAAUUCUUCGCCUCCACAGGCUGGGGUGACUUCGACGGUUCCAGAAGAACAAGGGCAAGAAAAGGUUCUACCUCCGGCCACUAUGGGAUUCUCUCCAACUAAACAUUCACCUCCACGUUCCACGGCGUCCAAUACAAGCUUUGGGUCUGUAACGCCUUCUAUAUUACCACCAGUUACCUCAUUGUCACCAAUUUUGCGCGCGCAGAACCUCAGCCCUCCUGUCAAAAUGGCGGAGCCUGAACGGAGCAAAGUAAACGGACAGGCUUCUCCAUAAAGUACCCGAGUUCUUGUUCCCCUGGAAAAUUUGGAAGGGGCAUUUCUUGGGCACUUACACUAGGAUUUUGUCCCUCAUUCUGUCACCUUCUUUUGAGCCUCGUUUUUCUUUUGUAGAUAGUGGAUACUUUGACAUUGGGUUCCUAUGCGGCGCAUAAGGAUUCGUAAAUGAAAAACAGAUCUAGAUUGGAAUGGAAGGGAAAUGGAAUAGACGAGCGACUUGACUGGGUGGGGAUCGUGCGCAUUGGGAAUGGAGUUUCUUGUGUGUAGGUAUCAGAAGUAAUAACGAAUAUAAAUUUGAGUUAUUGAAACGGGGGUUUCCGUAUAUGCCUACAGCACCUACUUACUACCUAC